UGGCGGUGACGUCGGGGCGGGCGGCGGCCGUCAUGCAGGCUGCGGGAGGACCUUCUCGCUGACUUUUUGGGGCCAGGACCCGAAUUUUCCUCAUAUUCUGGCUAUGGACCCGGCAUCCAUCACACUCCGGACUCGCAGUGACCUCAAGCACUCCCACACCAACCUGGAAAUCGAGUUAUAUUACCUGAUCGUGCGGUUUCUCUCGGCGGGGCCCUGCAGCGAGGCGACCCAGGUGUUGAGGCGAGAGUUGCUGCUCCACCAGCUGUUGCCCAAGAGACAUGAUUGGCUGGGCAAUGAACACAUCAAGACCUUCGAACAGUGGGAUGAGGAGAACAAACAUUUACGGUCGGACCACCUGGCCCGCAUGGUGGCCAGGUUGGGGCCAGCCAUGGACCAGCUGGUGCAGCUACCUCACCCCUCAACCAGCACACUGCUUGGGGCUGGCUCACAGUCACUCCUGCGGACCCAGGAUGAUUUGUGGAAGAGCUACAACACUGUGUCAAGUGUGGUGGCCAGACCCAGGGGACGUGCAGCCUUGGAUCCAGUGAGGCUAAAAGGGUUACCCUGCCAUGUUCAUUCCUUGCUGGGCCGAGAGGUGGGAGCCACCUUACGGCGCUCCCAUGUCCUCAACAAUAAAUUCUUCAGCCGCAUGCAGCUCUGUCUUCGCUCUAUUGGCCACCUCUCAGCUGUGUAUUGCAUGCUGUUUGACCGCACUGGCAGGUACAUCAUCACAGGUGCAGAUGACACCCUAGUCAAGAUAUGGAGUACCAUGGAUGGGCGACUCCUUGCUACUCUACGAGGUGCCUCAGCUGAGAUUUCAGACCUUGCCAUAGACAGUGAAAACACCUUGAUAGCAGCAGGCUCCUGUGACAAGAUCAUCAGGGUGUGGAGUCUCCAAACACUGGCUCCGGUGGCCGUUUUAAGCAGUCACACAGGAAUGGUGACAGCACUCCAGUUCUGCCCUGUCCCAGACAAUGAGGGGGUGCUGGUGUCCACAGGUGGGGAUGGCUGUGUUGCCUUCUGGACCUACGUGUGCCGUGCUGGGGAUGUCAGAUUUGACUCCAAACCUCUCAAGGUGAAUGAGAGGGUUCGGCCAGGCAAUGCUCAGCUCAUCUGUGCCUCGUUCAGCCAGGGAGGACACUUCCUGGCUCUGGGAGGAGCUGACCACUUUGUCAGGGUGUACCAGCUUGGGGGAGAGGAGGGUGUGCAGAAACUGGUGGAGUCUGAACGGCACCAGGACCGUGUGGACAGCAUACAGUGGUGCCACCGAGGACUCAUGUUUGUGUCUGGCAGCAGGGAUGGUACUGCCCUUAUCUGGCGAUAUGAGAGCCAACAUUGGAAGAAUAUCACUCUCAACAUGCUCAACACACUACCGGGAGAUGGGCCACCCAUGGAAGAUGUGCGUCGACUGCAAGUCACAAUGGUGGGCUGGAACCAGAAUGAUGAGUACGUCAUAACAGCCAGCACUGACAAGAGGUUGCGAGUAUGGGACAGCCAAACAGGAGAGCUGAAGCAAAUUCUUCGUGGCCAUGAAGAUAAUGCAUAUGUGAUAGAAGCACACCCUCACGAAGCACGUCUGCUCCUCACAGCGGCCCAUGAUGGUCAGCUUAUAAUAUGGGACAUUGUUACUGGUGAACUGGUGUGGAGCUUCAAGAAUACCAUUGAGGGCCAGGGCCAUGGUGCUCUGUUCGAUGCCAAAUGGUCACCAGAUGGUUUCUCCAUAGCUGCCACAGACUCUCAUGGACACCUCAUUCUCUUAAGCAUCACCAACAGUGAACGAUUUAAGCAGAUUCCUAAGGAGCUGUUUUUCCACACUGACUACCGGCCUCUCAUGCGGGAUGCCAACAGCCACGUACUGGAUGAACAAACACAGAUGGCACCACACCUCAUGCCGCCACCGUUCUUGGUGAACAUGGAUGGUGAUCCCUACCCACCUGGGUACCAGCGGCUUGUCCCAGGAAGGGAGAGCUGCCGCGAAGACCAGCUAAUACCUAAUGUGCUUCUCAAUGCCAAUGGAGAUCAGGAAGUGCUAGAUGUUGCCCUUGUUGAUGUGGAGAAUGGGGGUGGUCCUGCACCGGGUCCGUCUUCAGGGCUAGGGCCAGGGCCAGGGCCGAUUCCAGGACCAGGGCCAGGGUCAGGAUCAGGGACAGCACACCAUGGGGAGGGCAGUGUUUCUGUGAGUUCCCAGCGGCCAAGCAUUGAUGACAUGAUCCAGCGGCUGGCCCAGGAGCAGGACCAGCGCAUCGCUCAUGACCGCCGGUCUUCAGAGUCUGGGGAGCCACAGGCAGGACCAAGUGGGGUGCGUGAGCGCCGGGAGAGCAGCAGUGGUGGCCUGAGGGCGAGUGGAGAACGCAGAGCAAGUUCAGCUGGCCCUACCAGUGACCAUUCAUAUGCUGUGGCAACUCAACAUGAUCCACUUUCUCCACGCGCCAGCCGGGUGGGGGCACGUAGAGUGGGAGAUGUGGAGGGAGUGCGACAGUCCACUGGGAACUGGCAACGUGACCCCAACAUGAAGUGGAAGAGGCGGGUCAUAGUGAGACGCCUCAAAACUUCUGAAAUAAAGCAGUCAGUUGAGACACGCAUGGCAAUAGGAGAGAUGGAGAUGCAGACGUUCAUGGAGGAGAGCAAGAAGAAACCUGAGCCUGUUCGUUCCCCUCAAAUGCACCACCACCAUGGCCAGGCGGAUAGGAAAAAGAAAAAACAAAAGAAGCAGCAGCAGCAGCAAACACAUUCCUAUUCUACUCGCUCUGUGAGGGAGGCAGGCCAAGGCACCUUUGAUGGACAUGACUCAGAUGAUGGAGAACCAGUAGGAGCCUCAAGCAGCUCGGGCAGUUCUUCAUGUUCCGAAGUGGUUAAUGAAGAGUUGCAGGAAUCUUCUAGUUCUGAAGAACAGUCCACAGACUAUUCAGACUGGACAGCUGAGGCUGGUGUUAACUUGGAGCCUCCCAAACGUACUGUACAUAAACAGAAGAAAAAUCCAAAGAAGAGACAGCACCGGAAAGCUAGCAGUGACGAGGAUGAGGACAGAGCUAAAGAUGAUGAUGAUGAUGAUGAUGAAGAUGAGGAUGAGGACAAGGGAAAAGUUUGGGGCUCUCCAAGGGUACAACGAAAGCGAGGACCUGUCCAGAACAUGGCAGAAAUCACUGGAGGGGCAGAUGAGAUCCCUGAAGAGUAUCGUCCUCCAGAAUGGCUGACGGAGAUUGUCCCAAAGAAGGCACCAUACUUCCCUCAGAUGGGAGAUGAGCUCAUCUACUUCAUGCAGGGACACAUGCUGUAUGUUGAGGCUGUUAUGAAUCGUAAGCUCUACACUGUUGAUAAGAGGAACUUGCCCUGGAACAGAACCACAAAUAAAUUAAGGCAUCAGGAAUUUGUCAAGAUUAUUGGUGUCAAGUAUGAGAUCAAGCCUCCUCGCCUGUGCUGCCUCAAGCUGGGCAUUCUGGAGGUGGGCACGGGACGGCUUACCACCGAUUCCUUCACCAUCAAGUACCACGAUAUGCCGGAUGUGCUGGACUUUUUGGUGCUCAAGGCCACGUAUGAUGUCGCUGCCAACAGACACUGGCAACAAGGAGACAGGUUUCGCUGCAUAAUUGAUGAUGCGUGGUGGCUGGGCACUGUGGAGAGCCAGGAGCCUCACCUAGCAGAGUUCCAAGAUUCCCUUUUCAUGUGUUACCGUGUGCUGUGGGACAAUGGGGAGAGGGAGCGACUCAGUCCAUGGGAUAUGGAGCCCAUAGAUGAAAACAUGGAGAGUGUGGAGCGUGGUGGCAGUGUGGCAGUUAAGAAGGAGGAGCUGGAGGAGCUGUUGUACACUACACAGGAUGAAGAGUGGGCUGGCCGGGAUCCUGAUCUGGAAUGUGACCGCAUCUCCCACGGCCUCUCCCAGAUCAUGAGCCUGGCCAUUGCUGAGCCCUUUCUAGUGCCUGUAGACCUUAAUGUAUAUCCCAUGUAUGCCCUUAUCAUUGACUACCCCAUGGAUCUCACCACCAUUAAGAGCCGGCUGGAUAACCGUUUCUACCGUAGGAUCAAUGCAGUGCAGUUUGAUGUUCGCUAUAUUGCCACCAAUACUGAAAAAUUCAAUCAGAAGGGGAGCAAUAUAGUCCGCCAUGCCAGGAUAGUCACCGAGCUGUGUCUAGAACUCAUCAAGGAUGGGACGUGCAUUGACCCAACUAAUCUGUACCAUCAGCUACAGAAAAAUUACCACUCACCAGAUCAUAGUGAUCAAAGUCUUGAAGACCACGAAGGCAGCACUUCACGAGGGACUAAUCGCAACAAGGGAACCACCAAGAGCAGAGGUCAGACCAGUCAGGACAACCGCUCCUGGCAGCAAAUGUGCAAGGAUCUCCUGAGAAGCAUAUUUGAGAGAGAAGACUCCAUGCCAUUCAGGUACCCAGUAGAUCUGGAGCGGUAUCCUGACUAUAGCCAGGUCAUAGACGUACCCAUGGACCUGACUACAGUGAGGGAAGAACUCUCAGCCAAUGGUUAUGCAACUCCUCAUGACUUUGCCAAAGACAUGAAACUCAUUUUUACCAAUUCCAAGAAUUACAACACAAACAAGAGAUCCAGGAUCUACUCGAUGACCCUGCGUCUGGAGGCAUACUUUGAAGAUCAAAUAAAGUCCAUAUUAUCCAGUCAUAAGUCUAAAGGUAAGCGCAACCCUUCUAAGGCCACGCCCCGCCCAGCCAAACGCAAAGCUGCCCCUCCAGCCUCUAAAGUGAGCAGUGGGCGGGCCGGCCCCUCUCAGCCACCAGCCUCCUCAGUGAAGGCAUCCACUGCCCUCCAGUCUUCUGACUCCACCAGGAGACUGCCUGCCCCUCAUGCCCUUCCUCCACCUUCAUCCAGCAAGAAGGGGCUGGGGCCAAGCAAGACGACCAGCUUGAGCAGAGUGAUUGGACUCAGCAGACCAGCUGCCUCCUGCCCCAAAAAUCCCUCCACUCGGACCAGUAGUGAUACGCGGAGGAAUGCCAUCCCACAUACGUCUGGCAGACAUGCAUCUCCUCACCGCACCAAAUUGACCUCCAUAACUUAUGAUGAUGGGGCAGGUCUAGGUGAGGAUGAUUUUGAUGAUGAUGAUGUAGAAGCAAGCAUUGCCUGCUCAACUGGAAAGGAUAACAUGCGAAGGUCAAGGAGAGUAGCCAGGAAGAAGCUGCUCAAUGGGGAGGAUGAGGAAGAGGACUCUGGGGAAGAGUACAAUCCCAGGAAUCGAAAAAAGAGUUCAGCUAAAGCCAAGAAGAAAGGAGUGGCUACACGUAAUCGUGGUCGAGUGACUGUGCAAUACAAUGAGGAGAGUGAAGAGGAGGAAGUGGCAGUACCAGCAAGGACUACCAGUGCUGUCCGAGUCGCAAAGAAGGGUAGAGUCCCAAGUGAAGAGAGUGAGAACGAAAGCAGUGGGGCUGAAAGUGCUGGACCCAGCACUAAGUGGACAAAUGGCCAACUGAGUGGAGCAAGAAACAGACUUAGCAGCACCUCCUCAACCAGUCAUGAUGAGGCAGAUCAAAAGGCCAACAAGUUCAAUAGGGUGAAUGGUGUAGCUAGGAAGGCUAGGAGUGGACCAGGUGGGAGGAGAGAGGUAAAGAAAGGGGCUGCUAGUGUAAGUGAGGACAGUGAAGGCAGCAGUGAAUCAGACAGUAAUGGAGCUUCCCCGCAGCCUGCCAGAAAGGCCACCAACACCAAGAGGAGGAAACAUAGUAACAGUGAUGGUAGUAGCAGCAAUAGUGGAAGACCAAGGAGAAAGAAACAGCAGCAGAGGCAACCAGUAGGAGAAAGACAUAGUAGUCGAAUAUUACUUGCUAAAGCAAACAAGAAUCGACAGGCCAAAGAUGAGAGUGAGGUGGAGUUUGAUGAAGAGGACCUUGAAUCUAGUUCAGAAGAGAGCCUAGAAGAGAAGGAAGUGAACAAGAAGCUGCGUGCCAGCCGUCGGCCGAAUCGAGGGGUGGCCUCAGGGGUGAGACGGGCCAGGCGAGUAAUCUUGGACUGUGAUCCAGAUGAGGAUGAAGAUGAGACUGACCUCUUGGCUGACCGUGACUUCAUAGAUGAUGCAGAUAUCACUGAGGAGGAUGACAGCUCAUCAGAGAGUUCCUCUAGUGAGGAAGAGGAUGGAUGUAGGCGCUCUAAAUCUAAUAAUAACAACAAGAAGAAAAAGAAGAAACCACCACCAAAGCCCAAGCCAGCUAAAAAAAAAACACAACCUAAGAAAAAUGCAAAGGUGGCCAAGAGUGCAUCGAAGAAGAAGCCACCCCCCAAGAAAGCCACCCCAAGCACCAGUCACCCUCCUGCCAAGAAGAGGCCACCUCCAGGCAAACGCCACCAGGUGCAGGAGUUGAUAUCUGUGAAUAGACCUGGCCAGGCACCAAUUCCCUAUCAGCCCAUCAAUAUGACCUCUCAGCAGGUCACGAUCAACGAUGUGAGGCAUCGUGGCCGAGUGGUGGGUCAGGUGAUACGGUCUCAGUAUCCUAACGAUGAGGAUGAAAGCCAGAGUGAAACCAGCACCUCUGGCUCCUCCUCUUCCACCUCUUCCUCCUCUUCCUCAAGUGAGAGUGAAAAUGAAGGACAUGGCAAGACACUUGCAGGACAUAACAAACGUCUUUAUGAUACUGAUGAUGCAGACAGGGGGAGCAGAAGCCACCGUCAGAAACGGCCAAGGGUCAGUGAGGAUGAGGAAGAGGAAGAUGAGGUGAAUGUCAGCAGUCGAGGGCGAGUUAGGAAAGCCAAUAUUAUGAUGAAGGAUUUUAUAUAGUAUUAGGUGGAAGCCUAAAAGCAGCCAACAACCCUCUGGCUUCCUGCCCAGUCUCAGUCUUCCUCAGGUGUGCCUGCCUCAAGGGUGUCUGCCUCAGGCCACUUGAGCAGUCCCAGGGAUCAGUCAGCCCUGAGGGAUUUCCCUCACUGCCCUGGGUCUCACAAACUGUCCCAAAUGUACCUGUCCCAGGUUUCCUAAUUUGCCUCGGGUGUCCCUCACAACCCCAGGAGCUCCUCACCUCUCCGGGCCACACUGUACACACACUGCCUUGGGGUGUCCCAUUGGGCCUCCAACAGGGACCUGGGUAGUCAAGUAGUAUUGAACUGUGAUAUUCUGUAGAUAUUUUUGGGGGGAGGAGGUAAUGGGGAAAUAUGUUAGCCACAUCAUUUCUUUUCUAUAAUUUCAUUUUCAGCCUGUCAUUCACUCCACAUCAAUGGGGAAUUUUUUUUCAUAAAGUGUGAUAUACUUUUCAUACAAACCACUCACUCAGGGUCACUGUAAAAAGAAAAAAAAAAGCAAAAUGGCAAAAAGCAUAUUUAUUUUUCUUACUCUGGUGUUGUCGUGCUGUUACAUGUUAGCAUUAAGUUGCCACACCACUGCUGCCACUGGAGGGCGUCGGACAGUGGCCUUAAACCCCCGACACCCAGCGCUGUGCUGCGGCUCCUCCUCGGCCACCUGUGAUUUGCUGUAACUAAGAUGAUCUCCCUCCGAUUCUCCUCAUUGAACCAGAGUCUGAAAGUGAUGCAAAAGGUGACAACUUCACACUGCCCCACAAAUUGCUGUAGAAGUGUGUAUUUCUGGGCACCUUAUGCUGAUAAAUGGACUUACUUAUGCCAUGGUCUAAUGAAAAAUGUCUCCACUUAUGUCUGGCACAUAAUGGAAUAUUGGAUCUCUGUUGUAUUCAAGGCUUAACUUAAUUAAUUACAUGGGUGUCCAUUUCUAUUUAUUGCAUAUUAAAUUUUGUUUUAAUCACUGAAGAAUAUGAUUUUUUUUUUUUUUUUUUUUUUUUUUUUUUUUUUUUUUUUUUUUUUUUAAGUAGCUUGAUCACAGCAUGUGCUGUUGGCACUAAUUUUAAGAUUAUUUUUUUCUUCAACAAUUUAGACAGUACUCAGCACCGAACUAUUUGAUGGCAGAAACAGGAGAAAGAAAGAGUAAGGAAUGGAAAUGAGGCUUGUGAGAAGUGUGUAGCUUGCAUUUGAAAUCUAAUGUAAUUAGAGUAAUUGGACAACAUUCAAAAUGCCUACUGUCAUCUCACUGCCAACCACAGCAACAUGACAGCUUUCUGCCAGAAGGAUCUGAUGAUGUGAACAACUACAUAGUAUUGGUUCUAAAUAUUUAUUUUACUUUUAUAGUGAAGCUUAUAUAUACUUUUACAUUAACUGCAUAAAAUGGUGUAAUCUUUUUAUGACAUGUGGUAUGCAUGAUAUUCAGUGUUUAUUUGGAGCAUGACUAUAAUAUCAUGUUAAGUAAUAUUUUUGCUAAAGGAUAAAAUAACUGCUUAAUAUUUCCUGAUCAGCAUUUUUCUCACUUUAUAUGUACAGGAUAUCCUGCAGUUUAUAUAAGUUAACAUUCUAAGGAAUUUUUUUACCAAAAAUGUUUAAAACUAUUUAUAAACUUCUGGUUAUGUAUGUAUACCAUAGCAGAGGAAAGCAUUCUCUCUCUCUCUCUCUCUCUCUCUCUCUCUCUCUCUCUCUCUCUCUCUCUCUCUCUCUCUCUCUCUCUCUCUCUCUCUCUCUCUCUCUCUCUCUCUCUCUCUCUCUCUCUCCAGAUCAACUUUUCUGAUUUGCUAGUAUAAUUGCAAAAUCUUGUUCAUUUGCAUGUACAUCAGUAUGAAGAAUAUCAUAAAAAAUGAGAUGAAGAUAUUUUCCAUUUAUGCUUUUCUCUUAGUGCUGCAAUGGACAGUUUAAGAGAAAGCUUGUAAAACUUUUUUCUUAAUACUUAUUUUCUUGCUUAUCUUAAAUAUGGAGUUUUGUAAUGGCAAUGCUUUUCUCAUAGGUGUCUUCCAAUACACUCACAUGUUUCCACUAUCUUGUUUCCUGAGUGCUUUCAUAACUGCUGAGUUUUUGCUGAGUCAGAGGAAUGUUCACUGUCUACAAAGCCAUGCAUAGUGGUUUAAUAAUGUGUUUGUGUGUUUUCUUGCAUUACUUGAUUACUGACAUUGGUGAGGUUACUUGUUGGAUAACUACUGAACAACUUAACUCAUGUUAUCAAUCAAGAGGAAAAAUAUGAAGAAUAAAUUAUACUAUCAGUGUUACCACAAAGCCUGGAACAAUCUUAGAGCUGAAUCCCAUGAUAUAUUAAAUGAACUUGCAGUUUUCAGUUGGAGGGGAAUGCAAGAACUUUAAAGAGAAGUAUCUCUGAUGGCCAUAUUUUAAAUUUCAAAAUGACGAGUUGUUUAUAUAAAUUAUCAUACAGGAAUGUAUGGCUGUUUGGCCAUGUAGGAAAUGUAAUAACACCAGCAUGAACUUGGCAUGAAAUACCAGAAAAGAUUGUAAACAAUAUGAGUCAUUUUAACUUCAUUAUUCAGUGAAAAUAAAAAGCACAUCUUCAAAAACAAGUUUACUUCAGUUGUUGAAUUAUUUGGUGAAUGGUUUGGACAUUCAGACCACAACUAAUGAGUGAAUAUUGGAAUAAUUAUUUACUGAGUUAUGUUCCAAGUAGGUCAUGAUAGUAUACAUUUGGGCACAUUCAGCUUUUGCUAGAAAAUUCAUGUAAAAAAACAUUGAGAUCUUGCACAAAUAUGUACUGAAGAACUCGUUGGUUAUCUAUAGCAAAGUGGAUUAUUCUGAUGAAACAAUGAUGAGUGAUGCUCCACUGCUUAAUUGAUCUCAUUGUUCUUGUUAGCAUUGAUGGGAAUGUGGCCAUCAAGAGCAAUCAUUCACAAAUGUAAUUAAAAUAUGCAAAUUGGUUUCAUCAAUGUAUUCACCUUAAAAAAUGGAGUCUUCAAUUUUAGCUGGGUUCUGAGAGGAACAUCUCAGCACUGUAUUCAUAGUAAACAGCUUUGUUUCUGCUAAGUCUGUUGAAAGGAUAUCUAAGAAUAGUUGUGGCCUGCCUUGAACAUAGUGCAAUAAUUGUCAGAGCCACUGACGCCACACUGUAAGUUGGAUGUGCAUGGUAUAAUCACUUAACUGAAGCACAGAUACGUUUGAUUUGUACAUGCAAUAUAUAAGAUUGACGAAAUAACUCCAGAUUUAUUUUUUCUCACUCACCCUCUCCCAAUAUCAACUACAGUUCAAAUAUUUAAUAAAGAGUAUAAAGCUACAUGGAAGUAUAAGCUCCUGCUCUUCCUUUAGCCAAAACAAGCACACACACACACACACACACACACACACACACACACACACACACACACACACACACACACACACACACACACACACACACACACACACACACACAAGCAAUGCUAUUAUUUGAAUCACUGGUUAUGAAUGUAGUUGUAAGUACUGUAUUUAUUUUAUAUGGUCCUACUAUGGAUUAUAGCAAUGUAAACCAUAGGGACUGAUGGUGAAAUGGCCAUACUGACAGACUGUAAACUAACAUUUUCAAGACUUGAGAAUUUCAUCAAUGAAGUUAUGUGUUCAAAAUUUGUCAGCUGCCAUUAGUAACUGUCAUACGGUGCUGUGAUGCUGUCCUUAACACAUUACCAUUGAUGCUAAUACAUACUGUAAUAUUGUAUUAUUCUUUAAUUUUAGGUUGUUACUAUUGAAAGGUGCCUGCAGUUUAUUUCCAAUAUAAUUUUUCUUGAGGUGUGUGAACCAUUGAAGACACCAGUCAACACCAGCAACACUAAACUCUGUAACAAUAAGCUAGCUGUGAACUUGUAAAUAAUUAUAUUUUCAUACAUUAUCACUAUUCAGCUCAGCUGACAUCAAUCAUUAUUAAUUUAUUGGUUUAUUUAUUGUAUUUAAAUGUUCUUUUUCCAUUCAGGGUUUGUAGAAUUCGUAAGUUAAAGGGUAUUUCAAGAAAUUUUGUCAGCCUCAGGAUUAGGUAACCCAGAAAUGCUGGUAGCAACCGCCAGCUGUCUUGGUAUAGAUAACGCUAGUUCCAUGUAGAUUGGGUGCUGAUUAAGGUUACUAUGUUUGCCUUAUAACGAAACAAAAUUUAAUGUAACGCUGAUACGGCUCUCUCUCUCUCUCUCUCUCUCUCUCUCUCUCUCUCUCUCUCUCUCUCUCUCUCUCUCUCUCUCUCUCUCUCUCUCUCUCUCUCUCUCUCUCUCUUUUCCUUCACCACCAACACCACCAUUACUACUACUACUACUACUACUACUGCUGUUGCUGCUGCUGCAGCGUGCUUAUUGGAAUUAGUAAUUUUCUUCGAGGUUGUGAUGAAAUUUAGUCCCCAAAAUUGAGGCCAUAUAUGUAAAACACUGGGGCCUGAGAGUGAGUGUUGACGUGACACUGGGUCUUGUGAGGGGAAACUUUUACUGAUGGUUAUGUAGGUGAGCCUUUUCAUGGGACCACAUAGUCCCCACAAAGAUGGUGGAUGCUUUUGUUAGCAAAUGUGUUCCAUGUUAGUGGUGAAGGACUUGCCUUCAUAAUGUAUGUAUAUUUUGAACUUUGAAAUUCAAAAGACAUUUGGUACACUAUCGGGAUCACAGAUGGGUUGUUUGGAAAUUUAAUUAAUUGUAUAAAGUAAAUCCUGAUGCAUAUCCAAAUGGUGACUUAGGCAAUGCAUGGUAUUAAACAAGAAAUUAUCAAUGAACUGAAGAUGUCAGCAAGUUUACCCUUCUCUUGUAACUGAACCUUGCACAGGACAAAUCGGGCUGUUCCAAGUACUCGUAUGUAUUGUUCUAAGGAUGUAUUGUGCAACAAAGCCAAAAAAAAAAAAAAAAAAAAAAAAACCUCCGGUGUAUUAUUCAAUGAAAAUGUUGAAUGCCUCUAAGUGCAUCAAGGUCUUUCUUCUCAGACCUAAAAAAGAAGACGCGUUCUCGGUCACUGCUGUGGCGGAGCUCUGAACAGCCCCAGGUGUUGAUGGUGUUCAGAUUCAUUGAUGUCUUAAUCAUAUUUGUAUAUUUUAUAGUUAACUGCUUAGGUGAACGCCAUUAAGGAUUUGCUCAUUACUUUUUUUUAAAUAAAAGAACCAAGAAA